GGAAGAAACGAGCAGCUCCUCCACACAAGAAGGUGGACAGUUUCUGGGAGAAAAAAUGGUGACACCUCAAGAGGUCCUCUUCAGAACUUUAGAAGAUUUGGGAGCUGAGGACUUUAAAAAAUUCAAGUGGUUCCUGCAGCAGCAGGGGGCGCUAGAAGGCCUCCCAGCAAUCCCAAAGAGUCGACUGGAGGAUGCAGACAGGACAACAACUAUAGAUCAGAUGUUUCAGACCUACAGUAUAAACACGAUGCAAGUAACCAGAACAGUUUUAGUGAAGAUAAAUCAGAAUGAACUAGCGAAGAAAUUAUCAAACACCUCCUUUGAACCUGAAAGUAAGUCAGAAUCAUUAUUCAUUAUAAAAAUGGUUGUAACAAAGAUUGAAAUUCUUGCUGAGUGCCAGAGAAAACUCAAAUCCAAAUUACAAGAGAAGUUCCAGUCUGUGUUUGAGGGGAUCACUAAAGCAGGAAACCAGACCCUUCUGAAUCAGAUCUACACAGAGAUCUACAUCUUAAAGGGAGAAACUGCAGAGGUCAACAUGGAGCAUGAGGUCAGACAGAUUGAAACAGCAUCCAGGAAACCAGACAGACCAGAAACAAGAAUCAGACAAGAAGACAUCUUUAAAGCCUCACCUGGAAGAGCUAAACCAAUAAGAAGAGUGCUGACAAAGGGAGUGGCUGGCAUUGGGAAAACAGUCUUAACACAGAAGUUCACUCUGGACUGGGCUGAAGACAAAACCAACCAGGACAUCCACUUCAUAUUUCCAUUCACUUUUAGAGAGCUGAAUGUGCUGAAACAGAAAAAGUUCAGCUUGGUGAAACUUAUUCAUCACUUCUUUACUGAAACCAAAGAAGCAGGAAUCUGCAGGUUUGAAAAGUUCCACGUUGUGUUGAUCUUUGACGGUCUGGAUGAGUUUCGACUUCCUCUGGACUUCGACAACACUGAGACCCUGACUGAUGUCACAGAGUCCACCUCAGUGGAUGUGCUGCUGACAAACCUCAUCAGGGGGACACUGCUUCCCUCUGCUCGCCUCUGGAUAACCACACGACCUGCAGCAGCCAAUCAGAUCCCUACUGACUGUGUUAGCAUGGAGACAGAGGUCAGAGGGUUCACUGACCCACAGAAGGAGGAGUACUUCAGGAAGAGAUUCAGAGAUGAGGAGCAGGCCGGCAGAAUCAUCUCCCACAUCAAGACAUCACGAAGCCUCCACAUCAUGUGCCACAUCCCAGUCUUCUGCUGGAUCUCUGCUGGAGUUCUGGAGGAUCUGUUGGAAACUGGAGAGGGAGGAGAGCUGCCCAAGACCCUGACUGAGAUGUACAUCCACUUCCUGGUGGUUCAGUCCAAACGGACAAACGUCAAAUAUCGUGGGAAAUCUGAGAGAGCUCCACACUGGAGUCCAGAAAACAGGAAGAUGAUUGAGUCUCUGGGAAAACUGGCUUUUGAUCAGCUGCAGAAAGGAAACCUGAUCUUCUAUGACUCAGACCUGACAGAGUGUGCCUUCGAUAUCACAGCAGCCUCAGUGUACUCAGGAGUGUUCACACAGGUCUUUAGAGAGGAGAGAGGACUGUACCAGGACAGGGUGUUCUGCUUCGUCCAUCUGAGUGUUCAGGAGUUUCUGGCUGCUCUUCAUGUCCAUCUGACCUUCAUCAAGUCUGGAGUCAAUCUGAUGGCAGACGAACAUACAACAUCCUGUAUGCCUAAAGUCUUCAGAGACAAACCUAAACUAAAACAUCUCUACCAGAGUGCUGUGGACAAGGCCUUGCAGAGUCCAAAUGGACACCUGGACUUGUUCCUCCGCUUCCUCCUGGGUCUUUCUCUGGAGACCAAUCAGAACCUCCUACGAGGUCUGCUGACACAGACAGGAAAUAGCUCACGGACCAAUCAGGAAACAGUCCAGUACAUCAAGAAGAAGAUCAGUGAGGAUCUGUCUGCAGAGAGAAGCAUCAACCUGUUGCACUGUCUGAAUGAACUGAAUGAUCGUUCUCUAGUGGAGGAGAUCCAACAGUCCCUGAGAUCAGGAAGUCUCUCCACAGAUAAACUGUCUCCUGCUCAGUGGUCAGCUCUGGUCUUCAUCUUUCUGUCAUCAGAAACAAAUCUGGACGUGUUUGACCUGAAGAAAUACUCUGCUUCAGAGGAGGCUCUUCUGAGGCUGCUGCCAGUGGUCAAAGCCUCCAACAAAGCUCUGUUAACUGGCUGUAAGCUCUCAGAGAGAAGCUGUGAAGCUCUGUCCUCAGUCCUCAGCUCCCAGUCCUCUAGUCUGAGAGACCUUGACCUGAGUAACAAUGACCUGAAGGAUUCAGGAGUGAAGCUUCUGUCUGCCGGACUGAAGAGUCCACUAUGUGAACUGAAAACACUCAGGUUAACUGGCUGUAAGCUGUCAGAGAGAAGCUGUGAAGCUCUGUCCUCAGUCCUCAGCUCCCAGUCCUCUAGUCUGAGAGACCUGGACCUGAGAAACAACAACCUGAAGGAUUCAGGAGUGGAGCUUCUGUCUGCUGGACUGCAGAGUCCACUUUGUGAACUGAAAACCCUCAGGGUGACUGCCUGUAACCUGUCAAAGAGAAGCUGUGAAGCUCUGUCCUCAGUCCUCAGCUCCCAGUCCUCUAGUCUGAGAGACCUAGACCUGAGUAACAACGACCUUCAGGAUUCAGGAGUAAAGCAUAUGUCUGCUGGAUUGAAGAGUCCACUAUGUGAACUGAAAACCCUCAGUCUGUCAGGCUGUCUGAUAUCAGAGGAAGGCUGUUCUUCUCUGGCCUCAGCUCUCAGCUCCCAGUCCUCUAGUCUGAGAGACCUGGACCUGAGUAACAACAACCUGAAGGAUUCAGGAGUGAAGCUUCUGUCUGCUGGAAUGAAGAGUCCACUAUGUGAACUAAAAUCCCUCAAUCUGUCAGGCUGUCUGAUCUCAGAGGAAGGCUGUUCUUCUCUGGGCUCAGCUCUGAGCUCCAGCCCCUCCCUUCUGAGAGAGCUGGACCUGAGCUACAAUCAUCCAGGAGACUCAGGAGUGAAACUGCUGGAGGAUCCACGAUGCAGACUGGACACUCUCAGGGUGGACCAUGGUGGAGAGCACAGGUUAACACCUGGUCUGAGGAAGUAUUUCUGUCAACUCACACUGGACACAAACACAGCAAACAGAGAGCUCAAACUGUCUGAGAACAACAGGAAGGUGACAUAUGUUGAAGAGGAUCAGUCAUAUCCUGAUCAUCCAGAGAGAUUUGACUACUGGCCUCAGCUGCUGUGUAGAGAUGGUCUGACUGGUCGCUGUUACUGGGAGGUCGAGUGGAGAGGAAGAGUUCAUGUAGCAGUAAGUUACAGAGGAAUCAGAAGGAAAGGAGGCAGUGAUGACUCUGUAUUUGGAUGUAACGACCAGUCCUGGAGUCUGAGCUGCUCUUAUUAUGGUUACUCUGUCAGGCACUAUGACAGAAAAACAGUCCUCUCCUCCUCCUCCUCCUCCUCCUCUGGUAGAAUAGGAGUGUAUGUGGACUGUCCUGCUGGCUCUCUGUCCUUCUACAGAGUCUCCUCUGACUCACUGAUCCACCUCCACACCUUCAACACCACAUUCACUGAACCUCUUUAUCCUGGGUUUGUGUUGACCUAUGGUUCCUCAGUGUCUCUGUGUGGUCCGUAGGACGGAGACGACUUCCUGUCCUGUGGUCUGAAUGUUGGAUGAAGCUUCACUUUGUUUAACAUUUGAUUCUCUGAUUGUUUCUUUAAUGUCUCAAAUGUUUUCUUCUUAUAAACGGUGAAAUGAUCUCAGGGCUGAACUCUGAUUUUCUCUUGAAUCCAGUUUUUUUUGGAGCAGCGUCUUGUAGCUGCUAAUGUCUGUCGUGAUUGAUCUCAAUAAAGGUUUAAAGACUCACGAGAACAGCAGCUUCUAACAAAUGUAAAUCUGAUUCUGUUUUAAAGAGGAAUAAAGACAU